CACCAUCCACUCCGUGUCAUUGGACCUACCCAGUGUUAAGUCGUCAUGGGUGAAGUGCCACCAAGGCAGCUUGAGAAACGGGCUUCCAUUUCUAAAGUUGCUCAUUCUCAAAGGAAAUAAACUCGGCAACAUUCCCAAGGUUUCUGGUCCGGUUUUAAGCAUAAUUUUGACAGUAAUAGCUUGGCAAGUAAAGGGGCAAUUAUUCCAGUCACCGCAUCAGCAGAAUUGUGUGAGAAGGGGCUAUGGAAACUGAAGUCAUUACAGAGUUUGGAUCUAUCAUUCAAUGGGAUAUCAGAAAUUGGUAUAUCUGAUUUACAUAGCUGCCUGCAACUGGAAAACCUCCACUUAAAAAGCAACAAGAUAUUCAGAAUCCAUCCAGCAGCCUUCAAGGACCUAAAAAAAUUACAGGUUGUAGACCUCAGCAACAAUGCUCUGACCACCAUCCUGCCGAUGAUGAUCGUGGCUCUAGAACUUCCCCACCUACAGGCCAACUUGGCUGAUAACCAGUGGCAGUGUGACAACAGCGUGGCAGUCUUCCAAAAUUUUAUUUCAGAAUCCUGGAGGGAAAAGUGGAACACAAUUUGCAACAAGUCCACAGGGAAGGAAGAGGCAUACCAGUGGGCCCCCAAAAGCAGAACAUCAGGAGAGACCCGCAUCCCUCGCAUUAACCUGAACCACACGAAAAGCCUCAGAAGGAGCAACGCUGAGAGCCCCGGAGAGGCUGGCUUGUCCUCUCUGGGGAAGACAGAUCCUGCCCGCCCUGAGGCCGGUGAGCAGCAGAGACGGCUGCACAGACGGGUUAGGAGCACCCAGGAUGGGCAAACUGCUGGCAGAAAGGAAGCAGCUUCCGCUUCCCAGGACCUCACCCUGGCCGUCUGCCUGGCCGUCUUCAUCACAUUCCUCGUGGCUUUCUGCCUGGGGGCUUUUGCCAGGCCUUAUGUUGACAGACUGUGGCAACAGAGAUGCCAGAAAAAAAGUCCAGGCUCCGGAGUGGUGUACUCCAACCAGGGCUUCUACGAUGAAAUUGACACUGUGGGGAACACACAGCAGCCAAGGACAGAUCAACACCAAACUUUCCAGGAUGUAAACCUCUAUGAGAACCAAGCCCCCGGCUGGAGGACAGAGGCCAGCCCACGCACGGAUGUCGCUCUUAAGGGCACACUGCGACAGAGCAGAAAGGAGCCUGGUAGCCAGCAGGGAAGGGGACAAUGCAGGGACCCCAGUGGGUCAGGAAGUAGAAGGGAUGAGAAGCUCCCAAAUCACAGCGUGGUCUGGCCCGAUCUCCGAGCCCAGCCCGAUGCUGAGGAUACCCAAGUCCCAUGGGCAGGACAGGACCGUCUCCACAGGGAUGACAUUCCUACAGAAGGAAACUAUGACCCCAGGGCCGGGGAAGUCUCCCCUAAUGAGCGCUCAGUGGGCAUCGCUGCCGAAGCUGUGGGAUUGCAAAACGGCCCUGGCUCAAUCCAGAAGGAUUUCAAUGAGUCGGGCCCACCAGUCCCCAGGAAAAUGAUGGCUCCUCUCUCGGAAAUGCCAACGCACACAGAAGCUCCGAGGCCUGGUGAGAAUGAGGGAAGAUGGGCUUCUGGACACUUACCUUCUGGGUUUUUUAAGGAGAACUUGCUGAGCGCACAGCAGCAAAGGCUCAAGGGCUCGGGGACAGAGGCAGAGCUUCCUGCCCACCACACUGCAGCCACACUCAGUGACCCAGGACACAUGGACCCGUCCCCGCCUGCUCUCCCUCCAGGGUGGGGCCGGGACCCGCAUGUCACUCCUGCUAACAAGGAACCAGAGCAAAAGCAUGCUUCUGAGGCUUGGUAUGAGUUAGACUCCAACUCUGAUUCUGACGAAGGGUCUUUAUUUACUCUAAGUUCAAGUUCAGAGGAUUGGAGACACAUGGCUGAGGAGGAAGAAGCCCCUGGCGAGGAGAGCGGGACAGCCCCCGGGCCCCUGGAGGACAAGGGCUCAGGGGAGAGGAGAGACAAUGUCAUGUCAUUAGAGAGCCUUGGGCACAAAUGUGAGACUCAGGAAGAUCGUUCUGAAAAAACUCUCAUCUCCAAUCCAGUCUCCGGUUUGUUUGAGACUCACCUAGAAAGCGCCUCUAACAUCAGUAAAUUUGAGGAUCCAUUGUCCUCGCCAGGGUCCGUGGGCCACAGUCCGUGCAGUCAUGAGAUCCCUGGCAUGUCCAUUUACGACUACAUCUCAGCUCUUCAGCCCCAGCCAGUAGAGUGGCAUUGCUCACUUAGAGACUUGGAAUUUUCAAAUGUGGAUAUUUUACCUCCAACACCAGCAUGUUCAGCCGAAGUUCCCUCAGAUCCUGAAGACAGAGCUGUUCACGAAGGAGAUGUGGACAUUUAUAACUAGGAACCUUAGGUUCAGGGAAUAGACACAGCUCAAAACAACCUUCCUUCCAAGAUCACUGCAGGGGAAAAACUGAAGAUCUUCAGAACAAGAUGCAGAAGGAGUUCCCAUUGUGGUGCAGUGGAAACGAAUUCAACUAGUAACCAUAAGGUUGCAGGUUCGAUCCUUGGCCUCGCCCUGUGCUUUAAGGAUCCAGCAUUGCCAUGAACUGUGGUGUAGGUCGCAGAUGCAGCUCGGAUCCUACGUUGCUGUGACUGUGGUGUAGGCCAGCAGCUAUGGCUCCGAUUAGACCCCUAGCCUAGGAACCUCCAUAUGCUGUGGGCGUGGCCCUAAAAAGAUGGAAAAAAAAAAAGAAUAAGAUUCAGAGGAAGACAACGUAAAUGGACACCAAUGCUAAUGAGGAAUUCAUACGUCCUCUUAAGGAUGAUGAUUCCAGAAAUGUUAUAAGCCUAACACAGCUGCUACAAUCCUCUGGUGAGGAACCAGCUCUUUGCUGUGAAACGGGGUGGGGUCAGGGGGAUAUUCUGAAGACAGUUCCUCAAGCCAAGUUCAAUUAUUAAAGUGCUUCCAAAUAAAACCAGCUCACUAAGAACACAGGAGGACUUCAGUGUAAAGACUGGGGUCAGCAUUCAGAGGGGACUCUGCUGCAGUUAGAAAAAGCUGAUUCUGACUUUUAUACUCAAAUGCUGACCCAGAGAAACCUGAUGGGCACUGGCUCUCUAGCUGAGGAUGAGCUCUAGAUAGAAAUGAGAACCUUCAACUUGAAAAUCAAAGAGGGUGAAACCACUGUGGAAAACAGUAUGGAGAUGCCUCAGAAAACUAAAAAUAGAACUCCCAUUUGAUCCAGCAAUCCCACUCCUGGGCAUCUAUCCAGAGAAAACCAUGACUUGCAAAGACACAUGUACUCCAAUGUUCCCUGUAGCACUCUUUACAAUAGCCAAGACAUGGAAACAACCUAAAUGUCCAUUGACAGAGGAGUGGAUCAAGAAGAUGUGGUACAUACACACAUGGAAUAUUACUCAGCCAUUAAAAAGAACGAAAUACCAGCACUUUUUGGAACAUGGAUGGACCUAGAAAUUAUCAUACUAAGUGAAGUCAGCCAUACAAUGAGACACCAACAUCAAACACUUUCACUGACAUAUGGAAUCUGAAAAAAGGACAGACUGAACCUCUUUGCAGAACAGACGCUGACUCACAGACAUUAAAAAACUUAUGGUCUCCAGAGAGUUUCGGGGGUGGGGGUGUGUGCUUGGAUUAUGGGAUAGAAAUCCUGUGAAACUGGAUUGUGAUGAUCAUUAUACAACUACAGAUGUGAUAAAAUCAUUUGAGUAAUUAAAAAAAAGAAAAAAUCAAAGAGAACUCAAGUAACAUUUUUAGUGCCUAUUGAAGCCCUUAGAUGGAGCUGCUGAAUAGACUUUAACAAACUCUGCACAGAGACCAGUGCAGCUUUUUGGAGGUUGAUUAGGGAACUACAAAAUUGGAGGGAUUCUGAGCGAUUCUAAAUAUUUGUUAAAAAGUAAUGUUAAGGGAGGGACCAUUUUGUAGAACAAAAUGUAAAUGAAAAAUCAAUGUUCAGUAGUUCCCUGGUGGCCUAGUGGUUAAAGAUCCAGGCAGUAUUUAUAUCCUUGGGGCCCUACCUCAUUCCACAGUGACAGACACAUCAGACUAUGGCACCUGCCAUACCUUACCCGCCCUGCUCCCCAUCUUCUGGGUUGUACCACUGGCCUCUCCACUAAGCCUGGCCUCAUCUGCCCCAAAAAUAUCCAUGCUGUUUUUCAAGACACCGUUUAUUUUUUUAUUUUGUUUUUGUUUUGUUUCGUUUUUUCUUUUCAGGGCCGCACCCACAGCAUAUGGAGGUUCCCAGGCUAGGGGGCAAAUUGGAGCUGCAGCUGCCGGCCUAUACCAGAGCCACAACAAUGCCGGAUCCUUAACCCACCGAGUGAGGCCAGGGAUGGAACCCGCAUCCCGAUGGAUACUGGUUGGGUUCGUAACCCACUGAGCCACAACAGGAACUCCCAAGACAGUGUUUAAGGGUCAGCUCCUCCAUGAGCCUGUCUCAGCUCAUUCCAUCCAAGUAGAAUGGACCACUGCCUUCCUCCCUUGGGCCCCGCCUUGUGCAUUAUGGAGAAAACAAGGUUUCACGUUACUUGAUUGAAAUCUACUGGAUACUCUCCUGUGGGCCAGCAUCUGGCUGCUGGGUGAAGUUCAGUUCCAGCAGAGUCUACGAAGCUGAAAAUCAUCUCAGCUUUGGCAGUUACUUUAUGAAGGGAAAAACUGCUCUCUAGUCCAUCAGCACUGAGAGAAAAGUAUAUACAGUGUUGACUGGUUUUGUUUGUUUUUGUUCACACUUCCAAAAAAAAAAAAAAAGGCUUCAGGUAAUGUGGCAUAAACAGCACACAUCACAGGCAUGGCAGUUAGGUAGCUCUGUGUCUCAGCAAGCACUCAAAAAACAAGGUUUUUCUGUUUGUUUUUUUGUUUUUUGUUUUUUUUGCUCUUUAGGGCUGUACCCACGGCAUAUGGAGUUUCCCAAGCUAGGA